CAUGCGUCGGUUGCAUCAGCCAUUGAAAUACUAUGAAUUCAUGACUUGAGGCCAGCCAGCUAGUGCUUCAGCAUCGAUUGUGACUUUGUUCGUGAUCGGGCUAUUGGUCAGUCGACUACGACCGUUCGUACGUGUGUGAUAAGCGUGCGUUUGCACAAUUAAACAAGGAUGGGUGUUCCCGCUGGUGAUGUGGAGAAAGGCAAAAAGCUUUUCGUGCAAAGGUGCUCGCAGUGCCAUACCGUCGAAGCAGGUGGCAAACACAAAGUAGGUCCUAAUUUACACGGUCUUAUGGGUAGGAAAACUGGCCAAGCACCGGGUUACUCGUACACGGAGGCUAACAAAGCAAAGGGUAUCACCUGGACCAAGGACACCCUGUUCGAGUACCUGGAAAAUCCAAAGAAGUACAUUCCCGGCACAAAAAUGGUGUUUGCCGGAUUGAAGAAGCCGCAAGAACGUGGCGACUUGAUCGCAUAUCUAGAACAAGCAACUAAGUAAGCGCUCGUAACGCGCACUACGUGCGCAGCACCGUGCGGUUAGAGGUGUCAGAACGCGUUCGCGCGCGCUAGAUGCCGCGCACGACGGCUGUCACGACACAUUAGUACGAUUAUCAUCACUCACACUACAUCUCUCCCCUCUUCUUCUUCUUCUUCUUCUUCUUCUCCUCUUACACCCAUCCGUUCCAUUCAUCUCAGUCAUAUUCACGCCACUGAUGGUAUUCUCUCUCUUGCGGAUGGUACACUCGGAGCGUUCAUGUUCGAAUAGCGACGAAUCGUUGUUACAUUGUUGAUAAGUAUGUCGCCGUGUUAAUACAACUACUAGGUGCAUUGUGACACAGGGGUCGGAUUUGACUCUGACCCUGCUUCUCCUCUUCAUCAUCACCGAAGAUAUUCUCAGGUCGCCGUAUUUCGGUCCGGGUGGAACGGACUUGCGUCGUCCGAUUAUUUAUUAUCAUCGUGCCGAUUGCAUCGUGCAACCAAUGUGUUGAUGUCUGUAAAACGACGGCAAUAUACAAACUAGACAAUUA